GAACUGCAGCGGUCACCAGCUUGUUGUGCAUCUUCUUCUUCUUCACCCUCCUCUUCCUCCUCUUCGGUUCCGUCAGCGCGUUUGGGUUUUCUACAAACAACCCGUUUGUUCAACGUCACCGGCUGCUCGUGGCUCUUCCAAAUGGCGUCUAACGAUUAUUCCCAAACGUCUGCCCAGGGUUAUGGCUCGUAUGGCGGCGGCGGUGGUGGUGGCGUUGGCGGAGGGGGCGGUGCUAACCAGGGCUAUGGUCAGUCCUCUGGACAGAGUUACAACCAGCAGGGCUACGGCGGCUACAACCAGGGAUCUGACAGCAGCUCUGGCUCCUACAGCCAGGGAGGAUACGGCAGCUACGGUCAACCGCAGUCAGGAGGAUACGGUUCUCCGCCCUCUAACCAGGGCGCUGGCGGCGGUUACAAUCAUUCCAGUCAGUCCUACAGCUCUGGAGGCUACAGCAGCAGCAGCAGCAGUCAGCCGCCCUCCAACAUGAGCUACAACCCGCAGUCGUCCUUCUCUGGUUACAGCCAGCAGCAGCAGCAGCCGCCACCUUCUUCCACCCCUGCAGGGUACGAAGGCAACGCACCGGCCCCGGGCUACAACCAGCCGCCCAGCGGCGGACAGAGCGGAGGCGGCUACGCGAGCGGUGGUGGUGGUCAGAGCGGUGGAUAUGGCGGCAGCCACCAACAACAACAACCAUCCCAACACGGAGGAGGUCACUACAACCCGCCUCCGAGCUACAGCUCGCCUCCUCCACAGAGCUACAGCAGCCAGCAGAGCCAGUAUGGGCAAGGUGGAGGAUACGGAGGCGACAGCCCACCUCUGAGUGGAGGAGGAGGAGGUGGAGGAUACAGUGGCCCUGACGGAGGUUACGGGGGUCAGGAUGGUCGUGGCGGCAGGGGCCGCGGCGGUGGAUUUGGAGGCCGCGGUGGCGUUGGCGGCGGUGGAUAUGAUCGCGGUUUUGACAGAGGUGGGCGAGGUGGACCAAGAGGACGAGGAGGCAUGGGAAUGGGCGAUCGUGGAGGAUUCAAUAAGUUUGGUGGACCAAGAGAGCCAGGACAUGGACAUGGAGGACCCGGCUUCAUGCAGGACCAGGAUAACUCUGACAACAACACCAUCUUCGUCCAAGGCCUGGGCGACGACUACACCGUGGAAUCGGUGGCCGACUUCUUCAAGCAGAUCGGGAUCAUUAAGGUCAACAAGAAAACCGGUCUGCCCAUGAUCAACCUGUACACGGACCGAGAGUCGGGGAAGCUGAAAGGCGAGGCCACCGUUUCCUUCGACGACCCCCCGUCGGCUAAAGCCGCCAUCGACUGGUUCGAUGGUAAGGACUUUAGCGGAAAUCCCAUCAAAGUUUCCUUCGCGACCCGCAGAGCUGACUUUGGAGGCCGAGGCGGCAGCGCCGGCGGCGGCGGCAUGAGGGGAGGCCGCGGACGAGGAGGGCCCAUGGGCCCUGGAGGAUUCGGAGGGGGUCGCGGCGGAGGUUUCCCAGGAGGCAACGGCGGCGGCAGCGGGGGGGGCGGCGGAGGCGGCGGACAGCAGAGAGCUGGAGACUGGAAGUGCUCAAACCCCGACUGUGGGAACCUGAACUUCUCGUGGCGUAACGAGUGUAACCAGUGCAAGGAUCCGAAACCGGAGGACGCUGGUGGGAUGUCGCCCAUGGACAGAGGAGGUUAUGGAGGAGAGCGCAGAGGGGGGUUCGACCGCGGCGGCUUCAGGGGCCGAGGUGGCGACCGCGGGGGCUUCAGAGGGGGCCGAGGGGGCGAGCGGGGAGGUUACGGCCCAGGCAAGAUGGACGCAAGGGGUGACCACAGACAGGAGCGACGGGGUCGUCCCUACUAAAUCAUCAUCCAACUACAAGCCCCUCUUCCUCUUCCUCCUUCACCUUCUUCAUCUCCUCGGUUCACGUUGACAUUAUGGAUUCCGUGUGUAGAAGAAUGUGACUCUCCCUGUUUGUUGUGUUUUCUCUCAUUCGUGUCGCUCACUUCUUUUUUUCCUCCUCCGUCCAAACGCCUCCUUCAGAAAAACACGUUCAGGAUCAAUUUCCGUCUGACGGAACAGAAGAGUUCCUCAGUUUCUGUAGUUCUGCUGUAAAUCCAUGAUCACAGACGCCAUUAUUAUUAUAAGUAGUAUUAUUAUUGUUCUUUCUCGUGAAUUUGACCUGAUGGAAACAAACCAGAGAAUUGUUCCACAGUUGGAUGAAGAUCAAAUAUUUACAUCCUUACUUCUGAUGCCAACUGACGAGCCGUCGCUCCGGUUUGGAAAUGAAAAGUCAAAAAACAAAUGUGUCUGAUGACUCAUCUUUCUUUUUGUUAGACCUUAAUUUGAAUGUGAAGCUGCAGCGAGUCGACUGUCGUGAGUGAUUGAUUCUAAUCAAAAAUGUCUAAAAAAACGAAAGAAGAAACUUUUCUCUUUGUGGGAAUUUGUUUCAUUCACCAGUUUUCUUCAUUUUGGUUUGAAGGAUUCAAUUUAUUCAAUUAAAUUAAAAUAAUAAUCCGAAUGGACUUUGAGUUCAUAUUUAGACAAUGAAAACUAAUCUUAAUUUUUUUAAUUUGAGGUUUAUUUAAAAAUGUAUAAACAUAGAACAGUGUUGGUUAUUAGGUCUCCAUGUGGCUCUUCCUGUUUCAUAAAUAUCAACAGCGUCACAUUGUUUUAAUCUGCAGAUUAUUUUACAGACUGAGCUCAUCAUCAUCAUCAUCGCAUCUUGUUUUGUUAAACGAUUAAAAACUGGACUGAUAAUUUUCUCUCCAUCGAUUAAUUGUUGCAGCUCGAUGAGCAAAAGCUACGUUAUCCUCUAAUUCACCCUUCGUGUGUGUGUGUGUGUGUGUGUGUGUGUGUGUGUGUGUGUGUGUGUGUGUGUGUGUGUGUGUGUGUGUGUGUGUGUGUGUGUGUGUGUGUGUGUGUGUGUGUGUGUGUGUGUGUGUGUGUGUGUGUGUGUGUGUGUGUGUGUGUGUGCAUCAUGAGAAACUCUUCUGUCUUCACACUAUGUUUUUCGGCUCAUUUCUGCAAAAUUCUUAUUUUGACUUGUUUUUUAGUUUUUUAAAAAGUAUUUAUGUAUUUAUUUCUUUGUAAAUGUUCGUGAAAUGGAGCGGAGCCGGUCACACGAUGUUCUGGUUUUGGCGCGUGGGUGGGGAUCACAUUCCUCGUCACGUCGACGGGAUCUUUUCUGACGAGUUUGUGAAGUUUGGUGUGAAACAUAAAACCUCCGACGGGAAAACGUCCGAGACAAAGUGUCUCGUUGUUGUAACUGAUCUGAAGCUGCUCUUCUGUUUUCUUUCUGUCACGUCACAUUUGAAUCAUCUGAUCCGAUGCCAUAGAAGAAUAAUCACCUCCAAACUCUUACUUUGUUUUUUUAAAUGAGGCUCCGCAUCUGUGUAGUAGUUUCAGAUGUUUUUGUCGACCGUGUUUUAAGUAUUAAAGUGUCUUUUUGAAUCUGG